CUCAGUGGUAUGGCAGCUUGUAGUUCCGUAGACAUUUGAGUAGAGCACUCAUGGUAGCUGUGUGGUGGGGAAAAAAUGCCUUUUUUUCCUCCAUUCGGGGUAAACUAUAGUCUUGACGAAAAUGUUUAUUAUCUGACUUCUGUUUUUUCGUUUUGUUUUUACAAAUGUAGCAAACAGGCGCAACCCAUCGUUCUGUUUCCAUUGCUUAGAAGUUUGCGUUUGCACCGCUAGUAAUCGUGUUCGUUAAAUAUACAGCAUUGCUCAUUCCAAAUCAGACGGAUCGCUCGCUUUAUGAAAUUCCCUUCCUAUCUAUUGGGCAUCUAUUGUGUCUCUGUCGAUUUAUUUUCCCGAGUAAAAUAAUGUAAGGCAUCGCUGCCUUUGCGCAUAAUGGACAGAGACUUGUUGAGGCAGUGUCUGACGUAUCACGGCGAAUCAUUGUUCAACACCUUGAAAUGCGAACAAACCGAGAACCCCGACUUUCAAGCGGUGGUGGCUGACCUGUGCAAGGCUCCGUAUGAGAGAAAUGGCGAAGAGCAGACCAGCCCCCUUGUGGAGCAGUUCAUUGCUCGCAAGGCUGACAUUCUUUUCAGUCCGUCAUGGAAGACUGCAACUCCGAAAGAAGAAGAAGAAGAAGGAGGAGGAGGAGGACAGGAAGAGGUGGCAGAGGCUUAUGCUCUCAUGCCACCGCUGGAGUUAUUCAUGGAGGUGCCUUUUGAGGAGAGAAGGGCUAUGCUUUACCGGGAUUUAGAACCCGGAGACAUCGUGAUGGGGAGGAUCAACAAUGUUCGCGAAUACGGCUUCUUUCUCACGCUCAUUUGCACGGCAGGAGGACUGAACAGAGACAUCGAAGACCUGGAGUUGUCCGCUCUUUGUCACAUUAAAGAAAUCCCUUCAACCGGCAGCCAUGACGAUCCUUUGUCCUACUACCAGAUUGGCGACUUAAUCCGAGCUGGUGUGAAAGACAUUGACCGCUACCAGGAAAAAAUAACGGUUUCCCUUAUGCAAGCGUCCAUUUCUGCCAGAUCAGACUGCAUCCAACUCGGAGUCAUGACCAGGGAGGAGCUUCCCGUCCAGUACGAGCGUAGCGUUUGCGCGGCCAGUGACACCAGCAAGACGUACGAGCGCAUACUCAGGUGUUGCCAUGGCUACCAUAACCCCUGUGUGGUGGACUACUUGCUGGAGAAAAUUGGCGUCAGUGACGUCCAUCCUCCGUCGAUGAUGAGAGGCCUCCAGAGCAAACUGUUUGAAAAGGCCGAUUUUGCCGCUGUCAUCCGGAAGCAGCAAUCUGCAUCCUGGGCCUUGAAAUGUGUUAAGGUAGGCGUGGACCACUUCAAGCAGGGUCGCCAUGUGGAAGCCAUGAACGAGUACAACAAAGCUUUGGACAUCGACACCAAUAAUGUGGAAGCCCUGGUAGCACGCGGAGCUCUGUAUGCCAAUAAAGGCGUCAUCAUGAAGGCCAUAUCGAAUUUUGAAUUGGCCCUGGAGACCUGUCCGGAUCACCGCAAUGCCAAGAAGUACCUCUGCCAAACACUGGUUGAGAGAGGAAAACAACUUGAGGAGCAAGAGAAGCUGGUGACAGCGGAAGGAGUGUACCGAAGAGCGCUUUCUCUAGAUGACGCCAACACCGAAGCCCAGGAGGCCCUGAAAAAAAUCAUGCAGACCAUACAGAAUUCAAUUCGCCUGCGGGAAGAAGCAUUGGCGAAGGAAGUGGAGGAGAAAGCCAAAAGCAGUCAAAGCAGCGCUGAGAAAUUGCGUAAGAUCAUGAAAGACGAGAAGAGGAUGAAACGAAAACGAAAGAGAUCCAGCUCAUCUUCGUCAUCCUCUACCUCUGGCAAAUCCUCCACCUCGUCGUCGUCGUCCUCUCGCCGGAGAGCCAAAAAAAAGAAAAAGAAAAAGCGCAAGUCGGCACGAGAAAGCAAGCGCCAUCGCGGCGGCAGGAGGAAGAGCGAAGAGGGUAAGCGUGCCAAAAAGCGCAAGGAGAAAGAGGACGAGGAGUCGGAGUGCUACUCGCCACCUCCCGAUACCGCCGCCACCUUUCUCCACCAGAAGCCCUGGGAGGCUUUCGAGGAGGGGGAGGUUGGCACGGGGGGAGAGCCCAGCAGGAAGGCCAAAGAAGGUGAUGGUCUGAGAAUCUGUCUCUAUUCUUUGUCAUCGUCCUCCGAUGAGGACAAAUGCUCGUGGCCGUCGCGCGGGGGGAGCCAAAGAAAGGAAAACAGGAGCGUCAGUUCAGACCGAGAAGACGGGAAAAAUAAGAGCCGAGGCAACGAACAACAAAGAACGACCGGUUGGCCCGAAAGAAACAGCUUGGAUGAGAGGAAGCGCAGAGUUUCCUGCUCGUCGUCUGAGUCGGCCUUUUCCAGAAAAUCCUUUCAAAGCAAAGAUCUUUCCAGGCGCAAUUCCUUCCGAGGCGAUGACGACGAAAUGCAGGCGGAGAAUGGCGGCACUAAGGCAAAAGUUGAAGCCAGUUGGAGCCGGUCCAGUGCAGCUGAAGUCCAAAGCGAGCAGGAGGAAGAGAUCUCGCUGCCCGAAGGGAAGUCCAAAAAAGACCUUCCGGCAAACCUCUUGCAAAUCUUUAACCAGAUCGCCAAGUUUCAGAAAGAGAAAGGCAUCGAACCCAAAAAGGGCGCAAGCUCCAUGUGAAAAUGGCAAACAAGUACCAAUGCACUGCACAACUCACAUGGAACGAAAACGUUUCUUUUUUUUUUUUUUUUUACGCAUACAUUCGAUAAUUGGUUCCCUGCAGCCUCUUUCAACACUUGGUGGAAGAGAGUAGCGUCUAUUUUGAGAGAGCUGCUUAGAGAUGUCAGGUGGAAACUACAGGGAAAAAACAAAAUAAUUGAGCCAUUGAACGUUGCAUCGUCAUAGAGAGCAACACUUUAGAUGGGUCGGUAAUUUGGAAAAAUCAGAUUUGUGAAAAAUAUCAAACCAAAUUCGAACAUAGAAGCUUUGAUGUGGGAAAAAAAAUGCAACAAUUGACAGGUCAAGGAAAGAUGGCGCCUGCCAAAGACGGCAAACGUGAAUGAACCAAACGUGCGCAGAACCUUUUAGCACCAACGGUGCCUUCGAGUUGGGCAUGUUUUGUGACUCUGGAAAGAAAGUGAAAAGUUGUUUGUCCACAUGUGCUCAGUGGCAACCAGUUCAUAGUGUUUGUUCCCCGUCUAGUCAGCUGGGAUGCUUUAGAAAAAAAAAAUUAUUGCUGGGCUCACAUUGUGCAUUGUGAUGACAAGGUAACCAAUGUUGGGCCAUUUUGGUUGCCCCCACCACCAACAGAUGUAGUGUAACCAUUUGAAUAAAGUCUAACAUGAGGAGCAAGACAUGAUGUCAUUGUUUGCUGAAGAAAUCAAAAACAUGUUCAAAUGUGUGCCAGACGAGUUUUCUUAUUGGAAUGUCGGUCAGUCAGCAUAAGGAGAGCACCAGUCAACGGUGCGCUCCAUAUUUGCUUCAUUAACCACUUGUAGUUUUUUUUUUACUUCUCUAGAUGGCGCUCUCUGAUUGAAACAUUACACUGACACCGAAAGCCCUUGAUUUCAAUUAACAUUGCUAUCUAGAGGAGUCACAAAAUAAAACUGUUUCAUAAA